AUGAAGGGGAAGCACGCUGGCCCCUGCCCCUGGGAGCUCAGGGGGUUUGGUGGGCACAGCAUCAGGCACAGCACCGGGCACAGCACCGGGCACAGCAUCGGGCACAGCAUCGGGCACAGAACCGGGCACAGCAUCGGGCACAGCAUCGGGCACAGAACCGGGCACAGCAUCGGGCACAGCACCGGGCACAGCAUCGGGCACAGAACCGGGCACAGAACCGGGCACAGCACCGGGUACAGCACCGGGCACAGCACCGGGCACAGCACCGGGCACAGCACCGGGAACAGCACCGGGCACAGCACCGGGCACAGCACCGGGCACAGCACCGGGAACAGCACCGGGAACAGCACCGGGAACAGCACCGGGCACAGCACCGGGCACAGCACCGGGCACAGAACCGGGCACAGCACCGGGCACAGCAUCGGGAACAGCACCGGGCACAGCACCGGGCACAGCACCGAGCACAGCACCGGGCACAGCAUCGGCCACAGCACCGGGCACAGCAUCGGGCACAGCACCGGGCACAGCACCGGGCACAGAACCGGGCACAGAACCGGGCACAGCAUCAGGCACAGCACCGGGAACAGAACCGGGCACAGCACCGGACACAGCACCGGGAACAGCACCGGGCACAGCACCGGGCACAGCACCGGGCACAGCACCGGACACAGCAUCAGGCACAGCACCGGGAACAGCACCGGGAACAGAACCGGGCACAGCACCGGGAACAGAACCGGGCACAGCACCGGGAACAGCACCGGGCACAGCAUCAGGCACAGCACCGGCCACAGCACCGGGCACAGCACCGGACACAGCACCGGGAACAGCAUCGGGCACAGCACCGGGAACAGCAUCGGGCACAGCACCGGGAACAGCAUCGGGCACAGCACCGGGAACAGCACCGGGCACAGCACCGGGCACAGCACCGGGCACAGCACCGGGCACAGCAUCGGGCACAGCAUCGGGCACAGCACCGGGCACAGCACCGGACACAGCACCGGGCACAGCACCGGACACAGCAUCGGGCACAGCACCGGGCACAGCACCGGGAACAGCACCGGGCACAGCACCGGGCACAGCACCGGGCACAGCAUCGGGCACAGCAUCGGGCACAGCAUCGGGCACAGCACCGGGCACAGCACCGGGAACAGCAUCGGGCACAGCACCGGGCACAGCACCGGGAACAGCACCGGGCACAGAACCGGGCACAGCAUCGGGCACAGCACCGGGCACAGCACCGGGCACAGCAUCGGCCACAGCACCGGGAACAGCACCGGGAACAGCACCGGGAACAGCACCGGGAACAGCAUCGGGCACAGCACCGGGCACAGCACCGGGCACAGCACCGGGCACAACAUCGGCCACAACACCGGGCACAGCACCGGGCACAGAACCGGGAACAGCACCGGGAACAGCACCGGGAACAGCACCGGGCACAGCACCGGGCACAGCACCGGGCACAGAACCGGGCACAGCACCGGGCACAGCAUCGGGAACAGCACCGGGCACAGCACCGGGCACAGCACCGAGCACAGCACCGGGCACAGCAUCGGCCACAGCACCGGGCACAGCAUCGGGCACAGCACCGGGCACAGCACCGGGCACAGAACCGGGCACAGAACCGGGCACAGCACCGGGCACAGCACCGGGCACAGAACCGGGCACAGCACCGGACACAGCACCGGGAACAGCACCGGGCACAGCACCGGGCACAGCACCGGACACAGCAUCAGGCACAGCACCGGGAACAGCACCGGGAACAGAACCGGGCACAGCACCGGGAACAGCACCGGGCACAGCAUCAGGCACAGCACCGGCCACAGCACCGGGCACAGCACCGGACACAGCACCGGGAACAGCAUCGGGCACAGCACCGGGAACAGCAUCGGGCACAGCACCGGGAACAGCACCGGGCACAGCACCGGGCACAACACCGGGCACAGCACCGGGCACAGCACCGGGCACAGCACCGGGCACAGCACCGGGCACAGCAUCGGGCACAGCAUCGGGCACAACACCGGGCACAGCACCGGGAACAGCACCGGGCACAGAACCGGGCACAGCACCGGGCACAGCACCGGGAACAGCACCGGGCACAGAACCGGGCACAGCACCGGGCACAGCACCGGGCACAGCAUCGGGCACAGCAUCGGGCACAACACCGGGAACAGCACCGGGCACAGCACCGGGAACAGCAUCGGGCACAGCACUGGGAACAGCACCGGGCACAGCACCGGGCACAGCACCGGGCACAGCACCGGGCACAGCAUCAGGCACAGCACCAGGCACAGCACUGGGCACAGCACCGAGCACAGCACCGGGCACAGCAUCAGGCACAGCAUCGGGCACAGCAUCGGGCACAGCACCGGGAACAGCACCGGGCACAGCCCCGGGCACUGCCCAUCCCAGGCCAUCCCUCCCCCGGAUUCCCAGGGCCUCCUGCCGGGAGCAUCUCCCUGCUCCGGGUUUGCCAUUUUUCAUGCUGCUGCAAUGCAAACAGCCCCGACCCUGGGUAAAUGUUAG